AUGGGUCGUCCGUGGCAUCCUUUUGUUUAUUGUGCCGUGAGACCGUGUUGUUGUUGCUGUUACAUAGACUCGGAAGUAACAUGUUUCAUUAUCGGAGUUUACUGUCUCCUCUUCCUCGGAUUUUCCGGACUUACCUUUUUAGCAACCGGUCACUGGACCGUUUUUUCCCUAUCAAUUUUAAACACUCUUUUACACAUAUUCGCGGGUUCCGCUCUUAUAUUAGGCACACUUUGGGGCAACUACAAUUUGAAAAUUUGCUUUUGUUGGUUGUUGACCCUUGCCAUUUUUGUCUCUUUGGCAAAUUUUAUCGCAAUUAUAAUUGAAUACGAGACAACUGAGAUUUCUCCAGUGGAUUUCGACUUAGAUAAUAGAUCCGGUAGAAUAAUAUAUGUUAUGAUAGCUACGUUAGUUACUAUUGGGAGUGAUGUUUACUCGAUUAUGCUUGCUAUUGGAAAUAUUGUGAAACAAGCAAACAAACAAACAAACAAACAAACAAAAUAA